AUGGAGGCGGCGGAGCUGCGGGUGGGAUUCGUGGGUGCCGGGCGGAUGGCGGGCGGCCUGGCCCGGGGGCUGCUGCGGGCAGGGAAGGUACCAGCCAGCAGCAUCCUGGCCAGCGCUCCCUCGGACAAAAACCUGGAUGCCUGGCGGGAGUCGGGCUGCCGGACCACACACUGCAACCUGGAGGUGCUGCAGGAGAGCACCCUGGUCUUCCUGGCCACCAAACCCCACAUCCUGCCGGGCGUCCUGCAGGAGAUCCGUCCCGCUGUGGGAUCCCACCACAUCGUUGUCUCGCUGGUGGCUGGCGUCACCCUCCAGACACUGCAGCGGCUUCUCCCCGCCGGGACCAAGGUGCUGCGGCUCAUGCCCAACCUGCCGUGUGUGGUGCAGGCAGGGGCGAUGGUCUUCGCCCGGGGCAGUGGUGCCAGUGACGAGGAAGCCGCCCUGCUGAAGAGCCUGCUGUCCUCCUGCGGGCUCUGCGAGGAGGUCCCCGAAUCCUACAUCAACAUCCACACCGGCCUCAGCGGCAGCGGGGUGGCCUACGUCUACCUGUUUGCCGAAGCUUUGGCCGAGGGAGCGGUGAAGAUGGGCAUGCCGGGCAGCUUAGCCAGCAGGAUCGCGGCUCAGACGCUGCUGGGUGCAGCAAAGAUGAUGCUGGAGUCGGGGGAGCACCCGGCGAAGCUGCGAGGAGAUGUCUGCACGCCCGGGGGUACCACCAUCCACGCGCUGCACCAGCUGGAGAAGGGUGCGCUACGGGCCACCGUCAUGAACGCCGUGGAGGCGGCCACCAACCGGGCUCGUGACAUGGCCAAGGACUAG